UGGUCUUAAAUAGAGGCGAGCCGGUUUGUUGGCGUUUAUUAUCCGCGUCUCGACGGUCGUGUCGUGUCGUUUCGUGUCUUCUCUUGGUCGUGGGUGUCUUUUGUGCAGCACCAGAAGCAGCAGUGAGAGUGUUGGUUCACCUUUGUUCAUAGCCAUCACCAUGCAUCACUUCGACGUGCAAAGGAACGUAGACGAUGAUGGUCUGAGCGUGUCCAGCGGGGACAGCGGCUACGACAAGACCUCUACCACCAGCUUAAACUCCGAUGGUACUCCUACCUACGCAUCCUACCGCAAGUACCUGGACAGCUACGGCAAGAAAGAGUUCCGCUCAGUGCGUCCCCCCAAAAUCGAGACGAAUUUGAAGAGCGAGAUCUUCAUAAACCUCGAGAAUUCAGACCAGACUGACCACAGACCUAUAAACAUCACCAUCAAUUUGAACGGUGAAGGCAUCAAAGUGGAUAAGAACGAGUGCACCAUCAACGUGAUGAACAAACCCAGCGAGGAGCCGAGCAAAACCGGACACGUGGCGAACAUGAGCAAGAACGUCUUCAACGCGAAGCCCAGCUUCGUUAAACCAACCCCAAAACCAGUUGUGCAAAAAAUCCAUUUAGAAAACACCCUCAAAGCUCUGCAACAAAAACCGAUACACACAACCAAAAUCGAGGAAACCCCGAUUAAGCACAUCCAAGUGAAAGUUGAAGAGUCAGCAGUUAAAAAACCAAUUCACCUAGCCCAAAUCCAGGAUUCUCCCGUUCAAUCUCUAAAACCCAUUGACGCUUCGGUGCCUCCACCACCACCACCGAUGAUGAUGAUGGCUCAAGCUGCUCCUAAGAUACAACUGCAACAGAAACAACCACAACCGAAGUUACAGAAACCUAAUCUGACACCGAAAACAGCCACCGAUGAGCUUAAAGAUUCCGUGAUCAACGAGAUCAAAACGUUCGGAAGAUCAUCGUUGCGCAAGAGAAGCGAAGCUUACGUGCCUCAAAACAAUUACCAGUUCACCAGAAGCUUCGCAAACGAAUCUCGAAACAACUACAACACAUUACCCAAAGGCUGGAAAACCAAUAAACCGGAACCUAAAACUCCCGAAGAAAAAACCGUGCCUCCUACAACAGACGUAAACAAGGAUGAUCCGAACAUGAAGAAACUUGUCUACAACCAUUACAGAAAUAUGCUAGGAGCGUACAACGCAAAGGCCAACAAUUUCAUAUCAACUCUGCCGAGGCACAGGGUCGUCGAGGAUAAAGGAAUCAGCGAGCAACUCCAGAGCAUUGCAUUACAAGGAGGAUUGGAUCAUCUGAACGGAAGAGUCAAAGAAGCAUCCGAUAAUAACAAUUAAGAGUGUUCCCCAAUUUUUUUUAUAUUAAUA